GUCACGGCAGGGGCGGGGCUCGGCGGUGCCGGUGCCCGCGGUGCCGCUCGCUCCCGGGAUGGAGCCCCCGACCGGCACCGAGAGCGCCCGCCUGGUCAGCCCGCGGAACGGCCGCUCCGACGGCAGCCUGCGCCUCAAGAGGUACCGCCGGCACCGGCACCCAUCGCCUUGGCAUCCCAUCACCCUGGCACCCAUCGCCCCGGCAUCCCAUCACCCCGGCACCCAUCGCCCCGGCAUCCCAUCACCCUGGCACCCAUCACCCCGGCACCCCCACCACCGCCGGCACAACUCCAUCACCGGCGCCUGCGGCGCCGACGGCACUUCCAUCACCGGCACUCCCAUCUCUGGCAUCCCCAUUGCCCCGGCACCUCCGACACUCCAGUCACCACCGGCACUUCCAUCACCACCGGCACACCAUCGUCCCGACAGCCCCGUUACCGGCACUAGCACCUCCACAAUCGGCACCCCCGUUAUCCUGGCUCCGGCACCCCGUCACUUCCCAGGGCUCCCGGCAAUUCCUCGCACCACCACCUCCAUUAUCCCCCGCAUCUGCAACCCUCGGUCCUCCCGCACCCGCACUGCCGGCACCUCCAUCACCCCCAUCGCCCCCAGCUCCCUCGGCACCCGCAAGCCCCCGGCACGUCCCGCGCUGCCCGGCUCGCACCCCCCCACCCCCGACACCGGCACUCCCGUCCCCGCGCCAGCCCUGACCAUCCGCCACUUGCACCGUCACCCCCGCCACCGGCACGUUCACCCCGCCACCGGCACCUCCGCUCAAGCGGAACCGGCCCCACCGUGCGGCAGCCUCGCUCCCCCCCUCGGGUGUCCGUCCCGCAUCUAUCGGCGCCCAAACGCCGCCCACGCACACCGGUACCAUCCAUCCGUCACUCGCCCACACCGGCACGGUCCAUCCAUUAGCCCCCGUCCCUGUGAGCUGUCCGUCCCCGCUCCCGCACUGCUGCCCCACGCACCAGGACCUCGGCCCCCGCCGCCCCUUCCCCUCGCCUCACGUCCCGCAGCCCGGCCGCAGGCACAGCACCUCGCUCCCAACUGCACCUCCCCGCGGGUACCCGCACCGCUCCAGUCUCCGGUUCCGGCGGGACCCCCGCGCCACCGCCUCCUGCUGCUGCCGCCGGUGCCGCGGCUGCUUGUCCCGCUGGGGACCGACUGCCCGGCUGCACCGACUGCCCGGCUGCACCGACUGCCCGGUUGCACCGGCUGCCCGGCUGCCCCCCCAACCCCCAGCCCUGGGCAGGGCAGGCUCCAGGCCCGUCAGCAGCUGAGCAUCGCCUGUGCUGUCUGCUGCCUCUUCAUGGUCGGGGAGGUGAUAGGUGGGUACCUGGCACACAGCCUGGCCGUCAUGACCGAUGCAGCCCACCUGCUGACAGACGUGGGCAGCAUGUCCGUCAGCCUCUUCUCCCUCUGGGUCUCCAACCGCCCACCCACCAAAACCAUGACCUUUGGUUGGCACCGCUCGGAGACACUGGGUGCACUGGCCUCUGUUCUCUCUAUCUGGGUUGUGACCGCAGCCCUUGUCUACCUGGCGGCCGCCCGCAUCAUCAGCAAUGACUACGAGAUCGAGGCACGAGCCAUGCUGGCCACAUCCGCCUGUGCCGUCGGCGUCAAUCUGGUCAUGGCCUACAUCCUGCACCAGUCCCCUGCUGGCCACGGCCAUGGCACAGGGGCCUACGAGCAGCUGGAGAGCUCUGCAGCCUGCCAGCCCAGCCACAGCCCCCUGCCUGGCAGCACCAGCGUGCGGGCAGCCUUCGUCCAUGUGGUGGGGGAUCUGCUGCAGAGCGUCAGUGUCCUCGUGGCUGCCACCAUCAUCUACUUCAAGCCCCAGUGUAAGAUCGCAGACCCCAUUAGCACCCUCUUCUUCUCUGUCUUCGUCCUUGGCUCCACCAUCACGAUCCUCAGAGAUGUCUUCAGGGUCCUCAUGGAGGGGACACCGCGGGGCCUCGAGUUUGAUGCGGUGAAGGAGGUGCUGCUGGGGACCAGCGGGGUGCGGGGUGUCCAUGAGCUCCAUCUCUGGGCGCUGACGCUGAGCCACCCCGCGGUGUCGGUGCACGUGGCUGUGGAUGCCAGCGCUGAUGCCGAGAUGGUGCUGCAGGAGGUCACUGCCCGACUCCAGAGCAGGUUUGGCUUUGCCUUGUGCACGGUACAGGUGGAGCAGCACCACGAGGAGACAGCAGGCUGUCCCCACUGCCAGGACCCCCGAGCCUGAGACCCCCACCCACGCUGCUACAUUGGGCCAGACGUGGCCC